CAACGCAGCCAUUGACGUCCCAACACGCUUCGCAUGAUGCGCAGAGCAUGCUGAGACCAACUUCUCUUCUCCGCGCAUCAUGGUCGAAGACGCUGCACCUCCCCAAAUCGGCGUUGCCGGCGCGACCACCACUUCCAUCCCCGUACACCCUCCGAGUCACCGAUGAGCUGUACGAAUGGCAACAGGCUAACAGACCUGCCAAAAACCCAUUCGUCCUACACGACGGUCCUCCCUACGCAAAUGGAAGCCUACACGUGGGUCAUGCGUUGAAUAAAAUUCUGAAAGACAUAAUAUGCAGGUUCCAGAUUUCGCAGGGUAGAAGAGUGCAUUAUGUGCCCGGGUGGGAUUGUCACGGUCUGCCAAUUGAGGUUAAAGCUCUGCAGGCACUUCAGAAACACCACGAUGAUGUUGGAUCGGUUGCUGUAAGACAAGCAGCAAGGCAACUUGCUGAGAGGACUGUUGAGGAGCAGAAGAAGGGCUUUAAGGAGUGGGCGGUGAUGGGUGACUGGGGCAAUGCGUACAGAACCAUGGAUAGGGACUUCGAAAUGAGGCAGCUGGGCAUAUUCAAAGAGAUGGUUGACAAGGGCCUGAUAUAUCGCAUGCGGAAGCCUGUUUACUGGUCUCCGUCAUCUGGCACCGCAUUGGCUGAAGCUGAGCUCGAGUACGAUGAAAACCACGAGAGCACAGCCGCGUUCAUUGCAUUUCCAGUCGUUGGUCUUUCUGAACAGCUUCAAAGAUACAGAGAAAUCGACCCCGCGCGGUUAUCUGCCGUUAUUUGGACCACAACACCGUGGACACUUCCUGCAAAUGAGGCCAUUGCUGUUCAUCAAAAUCUCGAAUACUGCGUCGUAAGUCGACCUGGCUCGUCUGGUUCUCAGUUGUUGGUUGCCAAGUCGAGAUUGGGCUAUCUUGGGUCAUAUCUCGGUGUUGAGGACUUCCUCAUUAUCGCCGACAACAUCACUGGAGCGGACAUUGUCUCUACAAAGUAUCUCAAUGUUCUACGCGACGGACGAGCAAGACAUAUACUCCAUGCAGACUUUGUAUCAUCAUUAUCCGGUACCGGCUUGGUCCACCUAGCUCCUGGCCAUGGCAUGGAUGACUAUCUUAUCUGCCAUGCUCUCGGGCUGCCAAUCACAGCUCCCGUUGACGAUCAAGCACAGUACACUUCGGAGGCAUACUUAAGCGACCCCAGGCGACUAGAAGGCAAGAAUGUGCAGACAGAGGGCACCCCAGCUGUGCUCUCCUUGCUUCAGCAGAUUUCUGCAGAGCAAAAUUAUGAUAAUCUGGUACUGGCCACUCACAAGCAUAUUCACAAAUAUCCAAUCGACUGGCGUACAAAACUACCGGUCAUCGUCCGUGCGACAGAGCAAUGGUUUGCUGAUGUGGAUAGCUUAAAGCUCGACGCACUCCGAUCGCUAGAUCCUGUCAAGUUUAUUCCUAGCUCUGGUAGACAUCGUCUCGAAAGCUUUGUUCAGGGACGAAGCCAGUGGUGCAUUUCUCGACAACGCGCAUGGGGUGUUCCAAUUCCCACAUUAUACCGCAUUGACCGUGGCCAGAAUGAAGCUGUCAUGGAUGGCCAAGUCAUUGACCAUAUCAUGGAAGUUGUCAAAGAACGAGGGCUCGAUGCGUGGUGGACUGAUCCACAGCAUGAUGAGUCUUGGAUCCCUCCAAAUAUGAGAGGCAAGGGCACAUAUAUCCGCGGCAAAGAUACUAUGGAUGUGUGGUUCGACAGUGGAACAAGUUGGACCCUGCUUCAUGAACGCGAUUGGGACCAACCACCAGCUGAUGUUUACCUGGAGGGCUCAGAUCAACAUCGCGGAUGGUUUCAGUCGUCCCUUUUGACGCACAUCGCUCACCAUCAAGCAAUGAUGUCUUGCGAGCCGCCGGCGCCGUUUAAAACUCUGAUCACACACGGAUUCACUCUCGAUGAGAGCGGAAGAAAAAUGAGCAAGUCGCUCGGAAAUGUGAUUGCCCCCUCGCAAAUCAUAAAUGGCACUCUAUUGCCACCCAUGAAAAGAAAGAAGCAAAAGGGACAUCAGGCAUCACCGCAACCUACACAUGAUGCCAUGGGUCCGGACAUCUUACGUUUAUGGGUCGCUGGCAGUGAUUACACCCAUGAUGUCGUCAUUGGAGAACCAGUGCUAAAGGCCUUGCAUCAAAGUCUCCACAAGUAUCGUGUUACUUUCAAGUGGCUUCUUGGAGCACUGAGCGAUUUCAAUCCGUCUGUCUCGGGGAGUCAAGAAGUACAGGAUGCUGGACCAUAUGCAUUUGUGGAUAAGAUUGCUCGGAAGCAGCUCCGCGAUGCCUUGGCUCAAGCUCACCAUCAUUAUUCCAACUACGAAUUCUUCAAAGGAAUCAGUUCCCUCAAUCGAUAUAUCAACUCCGAUCUUUCAGCGUUCUACUUCGAGACGCUCAAAGAUCGGCUCUAUACGGGGUCUGAAUGCGAACGUCGUCCAGCACAGCUUGUACUUUACGAAAUUUUUAACGGCUUGUUAAAAAUGCUCGCACCGAUUACACCCUUGCUUGUCGAAGAGGUCUGGGAACACACGCCUCAACAGAUCAAAGACAUCGCAAUGCACCCACUACGCCAGAUUUGGACCCCACCGGAACCCAGCUACCCGAACUCGGAAACGUUGCUCUUCGAGAAGCAAAUCAAGACUCUCGCAGACGCGCAUGCCGCCAUUAAGUCUGCUCAAGAGGAGUUGCGCGCCCAGCAAAAGAUGGGAAGCAGCCUUGAAUGUGACGUGCACAUCGUUGUACCUGCUAAGUCUGAUGCAUUCCUUAAGCAGAUCUUCUCCGAAGACAUGCAGGCUGUACUUGCAAAUAUGUUUGUGGUCAGCAAGGUCCAUACUGGGUCUAUAUACGAAGACAUCAAUACAGAAGAGCAUCCAAUUAGACGAACAUUCACAGCAGAAUCCACUUCGGGGAAGGCAGAAUGUCAAGUCUUUGUAUCUCGACCGAGUGGCCAUAAAUGCGAAAGGUGUUGGAGAUACUUGCAGCUAACUCAUCAAGGCUUAUGUGGGCGGUGUGAUGACUUGGUUAAAGAACACUUCUCAGACAUGCUAGACUAAAAACAUAUCUUUUUAUAAAACCCAGUCUCAAUAGACCAAUAGAGAGCGCAUCAUUCAUGUCUUGCACUUGAGAUGUUU